UCUGUCUUGUAUCGUGCCUUUCGUCGUUUAUCUCGGUGACACCAACCGACAUCCUCACUGUUGAUCUGAAGAGCUUUUGUGUUAAGGGAAGGAACUUGCAGGCAACAUGGUGGGAGGCAGAAGACGAGCGCUUGAAUCAACGUGGUCGUAUCCCAAUGGAGAUGAUUCAAAGAAGAAGUCCGAUGGAUAUGACCGCACUGACCUAGAAGCUGCAUACGGUUCUAUUAAUCCAGUAAAGCCACGACAGAGGUUUCGAGACGCAAUCCAGAACACCAUCCAAGAUAACCGAACGGCGGAGAUGAAGAAGCAGCUGAUCGACAACGUGGAUCACGAAGCUUUGGAAGAGUACAGGAAGAGUGAGGAAAGUCUCAAGAGCAUCAAGAACAAGAAAGUUCGUGCCUUCUAUGAGGAGCAGAACAACCGUCUUGAUGACUGGCUCGAGGUAGACAUGAUUGUUACCUCGCUCGCAGAUGACAUCCUGGAUAGCAUGCACCCAAGAGACACCGAUGGUGACGGUGUAGUUGAGGAACGAGGACCUCUGGGUAACAGCGGCGAGGCUCUCGAACCCUUUCUACCUGACGACGAACGUGAGAAGCGAGUAAAAUCAGCUAAGCACGUGAGAUGGGCGAUUAAUAUCAACGUCGCAGUCAACAUCCUCUUGCUCGCCGCCAAAGGAGUUGCAGCCAUCUGGUCUAGCUCGCUCUCCCUGAUCGCAUCUCUGGUCGACUCCGCACUAGACCUCCUCUGCACUGUGAUUAUCUGGACGACCAAUAGACUCGUGGGCUGGCGUCUCGAUAAGCUCAAGAAGAAGUUCCCCGUUGGUCGUAGACGUCUCGAACCCCUUGGAAUUCUAGUGUUUUCGAUCAUUAUGGUGAUAUCCUUCCUGCAGAUCCUCCAAGAAUCCGUCAAGAAGCUGCUUCCAAGCGGCGAUCACGACGUCGCCACUCUUCCACCUGCCGCUAUCUUCGCCAUGGUAGCUACUAUCGUAGUUAAGGGCACAAUAUGGAUCGGUUGCGCAAGAGUCAAAACAACGCAAGUCCAGGCUUUGGCACAGGACUGUAAAACAGACGUCUACUUCAACACACUCUCCCUUCUAUUCCCUCUUAUCGGUCAUCAAGUUGAUGUCUGGUGGCUCGACCCCGUCGGCGCCAGUAUCCUCUCCCUCUUCAUCAUCUACGACUGGGCAGGCACGUGUCUCGAGAACGUCACGCGCUUGACUGGAGAAGCCGCUAACAACCGAACAGAGCGAAAGCUCAUGUUCAUGGCGUACCGUUUCGAGCCGCUUGUUGAGGGCUUCAAGAGCAUCAAGGCUUACCACGCUGGAGAUGGAGUGUGUGUGGAGAUUGAUAUUUUGAUGCCCGAGGAUGCACCGUUGAGGAAGGCCCAUGAUGUUGCAGAAACGCUGCAGUAUUGUUUGGAGGGGCUGAGUGAGGUUGAUAGGGCAUUUGUGACUGUUGAUUGUCAGUACACCACUUUCAUUUUUGUGAGCGCAGUUGCUAAUGGAGUGCAGACAUGUCGCAGGGUCCUACUGGACACAGUCAACAGGAUGGCGAGUAGUGGCGCGUUGAGAGUAAGUUUUGGAAUUGAAUUUGAUAUUGCAUAGCGAGCUUGUUAUGCAUGGCGUUCUGUGGGUGUCAGUUGGUCUGCGUAAAGCACUAAGAGUGUACCUAUUCUAAG